ACCAUUUCCAUUUCUAAACAUUCAAAUCUUAUCCAUUUCUAUUUACUCCUAAAGCUCUCUCUUCCUUUCACUGCACCAAUAGACCAUUCCUAAACACUAACCCUUCUCACUCAAACAAUUAUCAGCUCAAAGAGUUCUUACUUGUGUAAGGUUUCAACUUUCAAAAAAGAAUCAGCAAAACUGAUUGUGCUUUGGGUACCCUCCAGGAAUUCUUGAACAAUGCAGAGAAGCGUACCACUUCCGGUGGAUCUGUCAACUGGUGGCUCAAAAGCUUGCAAAUGUGGCCUUCGAUGCUGACAACGUUUUGGACGAGUUCAACUAUCAUCUCCUUUGGAAACAAAACAAGCCCGUGAUACAAAAGAAGCAAAGAGGAAGAAGAAAAUAUAUUGAGAAGAACUCUUAGAAUGGAGGGAGAAGCUGUGGCCACCGUCCUUCAAGUUGUUGUUCAAAACCUCAUCGACCAAGCCAAGAAUGACUACUUACUUGUCCGAGGCCUCAAAAAAGAAGCAGAAAAACUGACUGAGCGUUUGGGUACCCUCCAGAAAUUCUUGAACGAUGCAGAGAAGCAUACUAAUCCCGGUGAUGCUGUCAAAAGCUGGCUCAAGAAGCUUGAAAAUGCUGCAUUUGAUGCUGACAACGUUUUGGAUGAGUUCAGCUAUCAUCACCUCUGCAAACAAAUCAACCCCAUCAUGCCCAUCAUACCCAUGAAGCAAAAGGUGCUAUCAUGCUUCUCACCAUGUGUUAAUUUUUCACGUUCCCGAAGUAUGGCUCUUAGCAUCCAAGAAAUUAAUGAGGAUUUGGAGGUCAUUAACAAAGAGGCUGCUGACCUAGGCCUCACACAGAUUCUUGCCACCAAUGUGCCCACUUUGCCUGAUGCUGCUCGUGAAACAGCCUCAUCCACUCUUGAUCCAAUUUUUAUUGGAAGAGAUAAGGUCAUGUCAGAAAUAGUUAAAAAGCUUACCGAUUGUAUCACGUCUGAUGAAUGUGUUUCUGUCCAUGCCAUUGUGGGAAUGGGAGGAUUGGGGAAGACAACUUUGACUAGGAAAGUCUUUCAUCUUUUACAAGAAAAGAAACUGUUUGGAUCACAUAUUUGGGUGCAUGUUUCUCAAAUUUUUGUACCAACUGCUCUUCUCAAGAAAAUUCUCAAAGAGUUGGCUCCUCAAAAGGUUGAAGCUGAGAUGAGUAAGCAAGAUAUUACGAAAAUUCUGAAAGAAGUUUUGAAAGAUAAAACUUAUCUACUGAUUCUUGAUGAUACAUGGAAUGAAGAUCUUCCCACAUGGGAAGAAGGUUUCUUCGAUUCCUUGUUGGGUGCUACUUCUACUAAGGGUAAUGCGAUUGUUGUUACCACAAGAAAGAAGAAGGUUGCUUCAACUGUUAGGGCACUUCCUACACAUGAGCUUGAAGGAUUAUCAAACAAAGAAUGUUGGGCAAUAAUCAAAGAGAAAACCUUUGGAAAAGAGGAUGUUCCUUUGGGAUUUGAGGCCAUUGGGAUGGAGAUUGCAGAAAAAUGUCAAGGUUUGCCUUUAGCUGCCAGGGUAGUCGGUGGAGUACUACGCGAUAAAAAAUCUGAAGAAGAAUGGCGCUCGAUCAAAGAGAAUUGGCUUUCACAAGAUGAAGGAAAUUAUAUCACAAAGAUAUUGAAGUUGAGCUUUGAUAAUUUGUCUCUACCAUCACUCAAGAAGUGUUUUGCAUAUUGUUCGAUUUUUCCGAAAGGUCAUAGAAUUGAAAGGCAGAUAUUGAUUGAGUAUUGGAUGGCAGAAGGAUUUCUCGUAGGCAACGACAUGGAAUCUGUGGGAGACAACUUUAUCAAUGUUCUUCUACACAACUCUUUACUGCAAAUUGCAGAAAGAGAUGAUUAUGGAAAUGUGGAAAGUUGUGUGAUGCACGAUCUUGUGCAUGAUCUUGCAUCUUCUGUUUUAGCCGGUUCUCAUAAUGCAGAUGGCAUAUCCCCAGUUCGAUACAUGAGUCUUGAAGAAAAUUCAAUUGAUGUCCUAAAACAAAAUGCAAAAUAUUUGCGGACUCUAUUAUCCAUGGAUCAUAGCAUCAUGUUCUCAGACUUUCAAAGUGUUCGUGUUUUAACUUUGGGAAGUGAUACAGUUGAGGAGUUGCCAAGUUCAAUCAUGAAGUUGAUACAUUUGAGAGUUCUUGAUAUUAACAAAUCGAGAAUUAAAUAUCUUCCGGAUUGGAUUGGUAAACUCAUUCACUUGCAAACAUUGAGAGCAGAGAAUUAUUUUUUAAAGAAACUUCCAAGUACUUUGAAGUACUUGACUAAUUUAAGGCAUCUUUAUAUUAGUGAUGGUGUAGAGUUGCCUGCUGAGAUUGGGAGAUUAACUUCUCUCCAAACACUGGAGUAUUUUGAAGUUGGUGACAAAGAUGGAUGGAAAAUCGAAGAGCUCGGAAGUUUGAAUGAUCUCAAAGGAAAGCUGAAAUUUCAAAGCUUGAAAGGGUUGAUAACAAGGAAGAGGCUGAGAAAGCAAGUCUAUCUGCCAAGUCAAAAUUAUUGGAGUUGUGUUUGACAUGGGGUGAAAAUAGAGAAGGUGAAAUUACAAGUGAUGAGAAUGUGUUGGAAGGGCUUCAACCUCACACAAAUUUGAAGAAGUUAGGGAUUGAAGGAUACAAGGGAAAACGAUUUCCAUUAUGGACUCGAAAGAUGGAAGUUGAAAAAGUGGGUGAAAUCUCUUGUGUACCACUUAACAAUUUGACUGAGAUAUAUCUCGUACACUGCUAUAAAUGUGAAGAAAUCCCAAUGUUGGGGCAGUUGCCAAAUCUCAGUGACUCUCCGAUUGGAAGAACUGAGGCUAAUGUGAAGUCCAUAAAUUCUUCAUUCUAUGGAUUAGAGAAAGGGGAGACACGUAUUGUUUUUCCAGCUCUCAAAAUACUCGAAUUGGCGUCAAUGGUAUGAGCUAACAGAGUGGGCAGAAGUAGAAUCAAGUGACGUCAAGGUAUUUCCUCAGCUCCAACGCUUGAAGAUAGAGUAGUGCCCCAAAUUGAAAGGAUUUCCACGUGAAAUGAUAGGAUCCUCGCUCGAGAAACUGGUGUUGGACAGUAUGAGUAGCCUAGAGAAUCUACCUGGAAUAAUUGAUUGCCUCAGUUUGAUGAAGUUGAAGAUAAAGACGUGUUCAAAUUUGAAGGAGUUGAUUAUAAAGGAGUGUCCAAAUUUGAAGGAGUUAGAUAUAUAUGAAGUGUCCAGAUCUGAAGGAGUUGAUUAUAAAGGAGUUUCCAAAUUUGAAGGACGUUGUUUAUAAGGUAUUGUCGAAAUUUGAAGGAGUUGAUUAUAAAGGAGUGUCCAAAUUUGAAUGUGUUGUUUAUAAGUGAUUGUCCAAAUUUGAAGGAGUUGAUUACAAAGGAGUGUCCAAAUUUGAAGAAGUUAGAUAUAUAUGGGUGUCCACAUAUGAAGGAGUUGAUUAUAAAGGAGUGCCUCGAAAGCUUGAAAAUUGGGGAUGCAAUGCUUUGCUGUAUAUUCCAUGUCAAAUGAUAGGAUCCCCGCUCAAGACUCUGUUGUUGGACAGUGUGAGUAGCCUAAAGAAUCUACCUGAAAUAAUUGAGUGCCUCCGAAAAUCGCCCCAUCUAAAAGAUUUGAUAAUUAGGGGUGCUCCUCAAUUCAUGCCCACUUGUUUAGUUGAUAUCCUACCUUCUUUUAAUAGCUUGGAAUGGUUGGAAUUAGAUGCAAGUAUGGGGGGAUCAAUUGAGAGUGUUCAUGCCUUAUUGCAAGCAUGCAGACGCAGCUCCCACUCACUUCGACGUUUAACAUUGAAGGGGAUCAAAGUUAGUACUUGGGUAAAUCUGGUGGAAUCACUUCAACAUUUUACUAGUCUUUAUAACUUGGAGUUGGAGACUAUUGUAAUGGACAGCUUACCUCAAUGGUUAAAGUGUAUGAAUGCAAGGUGUCGCUGGGAUUACAAAAGAUUGUAUAUCAUUAAUGGAGAACAAAUAUAUAUGCCGUUCACGGAAAUACGUGCAUUGCUGAAUUCGGGUAACCCUGCAGCUGAAUUAGAAGAAGUUGAAGAUGAAGUUGAAGAAGAAGCUGAAGUUGAAGCUA